AUGUCAGCAAGUUCGGAACAUUCAGCUAAACGUCAACGGACAGUAAAAACUGGUCAUGAUUUAGACGCAGUUGAAUUUGAAACAAGUGAAGAUGUUGAAGUAUGUCCAACAUUUGAUGCGAUGAAUUUAAAUGAAAAUCUUAUUCGUGGUAUUUAUUCAUAUGGUUUUGAAAAACCAUCAGCUAUUCAACAACGUAGUAUUCGUCCAAUUGUAAAAGGACGUGAUGUUAUUGCACAAGCACAAUCUGGCACUGGUAAAACGGCUAUGUUUUCAAUUUCAAUGUUACAAAAAUUAGAUACAAAUAUACGUGAAACACAAGCAUUAGUUUUAUCACCAACAAGAGAAUUAGCACAACAAAUACAAAAAGUUGUUUUAGCUUUAGGAGAUUUUAUGAGCGUACAAUGUCAUGCUUGUAUUGGUGGAACAAAUAUAGGAGAAGAUAUGAGAAAACUUGAUUAUGGACAACAUAUUGUGAGUGGAACACCUGGAAGAGUUAUUGAUAUGAUUAAUCGAGGAUCUUUACGUUAG